UGCUGUUCUGCAGAAUUUUCAGGCCUGUAUCAGGCAUAUCGGCUUCUUUGUACAUUUCAGGGAGUGUUGGGUGCAUAAGAUAACAUAGGAAUGUGGAGAGAACAGCCUGAGUGAAUGAUGAGUGAAGUGUUAGGGGAAAAGAUGGAGGCAGAGGGGAAAAGCUGGGACCAAGGGACUAUCAGCCUUAGCUAGGCGUACCCCACUGUCAGGCAGGGAGGGGAACAGUUUCUGUCCCAGAGGAGACUCCCUGGAUAGAGGGCAGCAACCUGCCUUGGAGGUCAGCAAUCAGGACACAUCAGUUGUUUAGAUAGGCAAUAAGCUGAGAGGCAAAACCUUUCUUUGAACCAUAUCUCUAUUUCCUGUUUGGGCUCAGUCUCCCACGCCUCUUUUUCAGGGUGGUGGCCCUGUUGCAUGGACUACCUGAGUCCAACUCGUAAGAUGCCAGGCUUGGAAGGAAAGAGGGGUAAGAAUAGACUAAGUGCACCUAGAGAGCUAGCAUGCUAUGAUUUUCUACCCUAUUAAAGAUUCUUACUUUAGGCACUUGGGACUUGGGCUUGAGUGAGAAGACUAACCAGUCUGAUAGCUGUGAGCUGGCAACAACAAUUGGAUGGCUUUGCAAACACUGAUAGGCAGGAACUUGGAUAUCUGGGAGGCUUUGCUUUGGGGCUGGGUAUCUAUGUAGUGAUCCUGCAGAGACAGAUAGGCACCACCAGGACAGCUUCAAGGAUUUAAGCAAGCGUAGUUACUAAAGUCAGUGACUCACAUCCAUACAGAAAGUGUCCUGCUCCUGAUUCAGACCUUUAUUAUUUUGAACUCUUAAUUAAGUCUCUUUGAACCCACAGGUGCAGCUGCUUACUGAUGCUUAUUUGUUUUCUUUUAUUUGUCACAGGUUUUCAUUUACCAAAAUAUUUUAGGCAGGUGAUUGAACUUGAGGUGUUUGAGGGGAUUUUAAUGUAUUCUUGGAAAUCGUGACCAACUCUUCUGUUCUGUUCUCUGGACACUAGUGUGGGCAUAUGCUUGUAGGCAGGUCUCCAAUGGGUGACUAGACCACUACCAUUCCCAUUUUAUAGACUGAUUUAAAGUUGAUUAUAUGUUUUAUGACUGCUAAGUUAUUUCUUACAGAAUAGUAUUGUUUUUAAUGUUUUGUUUUUCAAUGAGUUGAAUUUUAAUAGUCAAACAACAAAUAUGAAAAAGAAAGUUUUCAGUUAUACAGAAUGAAUGAAAUUUUACAUAUUUUUUCAUGUCUGCCUACUGACUAGCCAAAUAUUUAAAAAUUUCAAGUAUGAACACAUUGAAUAUUGUGUUCACUUUCAUAUGCAUCAGUCAUACAACCAUUUUAACCACUCUCUUCCAAAACCACUGUUGAUGUGCUGAUUUUUUUUUUUGCUUUAACUUCUGUGAAGUCAUUUCACAAUACCUGAGCUGUGAAGUUAUGCUUACUAAGUUAUUUCACUGUUAUUUAAGCUGUUUCAUUUUAUGAUUUCUUAAAGCACUGUCUAGAAUCCAGGCAGUUAUGCAAGUCACUUGAACGUCAGUCAUCUUGUUCUUUCUGUAUCAAUGAAUGAUUUUUUGGUUUUGGGUUUGUUUGGGUUUUUUUUCGUUUGGUUUGGUUUUUAGUUUUAGGGUUUGGGGUUUUUUAAUCCAAAGUAGAAUAACUUGGAGGGAUUCAAAGGUUAUCGUAUGGAGUAAAGCUUGGCAUAGAGGUGUAAGAAGGUUAGGUGGCAACUGUAGCAAAAGUUCGUUUUGCUUUUGGCAGAAAAAAUUUCAAUUAAUCUCUCCUAUUUGCAGGCCAAUGUCCUUAUCACUGAGUGUGCAGAGACAACCUGUUGUAGUUGUUUUGUUUUAUUUUAUUAAAUAUGCCUGGAACCUAAAUAAAAUAAUACAUUUUUUGUGUCAAAAUAUUUAAAUGUUUUCUCUUCACAGAAAUUACUAGAAAAAUUUCAAAUGGUUUUCAGAAUUUUGAGGGAAGGGAGGUGGAGUAAGCUAAGAAGCUACAGAACAGUUUGUGUGCUAGAACAUAAAUACAUACAAAGUAUAAAUAAAUUCUGUAAUUUUUAGAUUAAAUUUUACUGUCAACUUCAAAAGUAUUUAAUGCAUGUCCUCUGUUUAUUUUACAGUGUAGCUGGGAAAGUUUGUAAUUGUUCCUUUGACACUGACCUCCACUUGGAGGCAGUGCUAUGCAGACUUUCUGAAAGCUGGGAUUUGUGAUUAUAUAUUAUAAUAAAAAUGUCCACUGGUGAUCAUAUGCAGAGAGUCUAUAUUCAGCUUAAGACUCAUGUUCUUUGUUGUUUUCCUGUAGGUGAUUGAAGAUGUCUAGCCAGAAGAGAACAGUAGGUGCUGGGAUUUAUAGGAACUUUAAAUGGCUAAAAAUAAUGGCUUACACUGAAAAGUGUUUCGAUGCAUCCUGGUCUUAAAAUAUUUUUGAGACAUGGCAAGUUGUGGGAUGUUGACAGUACUAUGCUAUAGGUGAGGUACCAAGAUCUCUCCCUCCCUUCAGCUGCAGGACUCUCCCUAAUAAUGCUGGAAGUUAAAAUGAAUCAUUUAUGAGCAUCAGUAGACACAUGGGUGGGGCUUCUUUGUAAACUGGUAUUUUGUUGAUGCAAUAUGUGUGACAGCCUUUUAGUUCGGAAUAUAAAUGUUACUGAGAGGAAAUUAGGUUGGUUCACAGAGGAGAUCAGCCAGACCUUGCAGUGCAUCUUGCUGAGGAGCAGCUACCUCCACCAAUUCUGUACUUCAGAUACUAGUUCAUGUAGAAGAAAAAUGGAAGUCAUUGAGCUGGGAGAAGUCGACCUGAACUGUCCUUCCAACUGCCAAAUUCAUAACACCCAUUUCUUCGGAACUGACAGACAGAUAAUAAGGAGAGGACAAGCCUUCAGCUUUUAUGCUCGCUUCCAAAAUCGGGAAUGGGAUGACUCCGUGGACCAGGCCGUUUUCACUGUGGAGACAGGCCUCCGACCCUGUGAAUCAAAUGAGACAAAAUGUACCUUCCCGAUGGGCAGAUGUCUAGAUCAAACCUGCUGGAGUGCUUCCUACAAAAUUCAUCAGCCAAAAUGCAUCAGUGUCAGUGUGUUUCCUCCCUCCAAUGCCUGCAUUGGCCGUUAUAUUCUCAAUAUGCAAAUCACAUCUUGUGGUCACACAUAUCAGCGAUGUCUUGGAGAUUUUUAUGUCCUUUUUAACCCUUGGUGUGCAGAUGAUCCUGUAUAUAUGGACAAUCAGGCCCAUAGAGAAGAAUAUGUUCUGAAUGAACAUGGGAUACUGUACGAAGGAGUUCACAAGCAUAUUACCUCUCGACCAUGGCACUUUGGACAGUUUGAAGAUGGGAUUCUGGAUAUCUGCUUGAAGAUCUUAGACAUGGGUGCAAGUUACCAUCACGGCUCUGAUCGCGACCAUUGUUGGCGCAAUGAUCCUGUGCAUGUCAGCAUGGUGGUAAAUCACAUGUUAAGCAGCCAUACUACUAACAGUAUCAUGAAGAUUCCAGAAAACAAUGAUUAUCUGAAAGGAACAAAACCGUUUUGCUGGAACGGAAGUGUCCCUAUUCUUCAACAGUGGUACAAUGGCAGGUGCAGACCAGUCAGAUAUGGGUACUGUGGGUCUCUUGCUUCAGUAAUGUGCACAGUGAUGAGGUGUUUGGGGAUUCCAAGCCGUGUUGUCACGAACUUCUGUUUUCCAUGCUCAAUUGAGAAUCCCCUUGGCAUCAAUGAGAUUUUUGACUGUACUGGAAAAAACCUGUGUGGUAAAGACAAGCUAUGGCGAUACCACUGCUGGAAUGAAUCUUGGAUGGCUCGCAGAGACCUAAAUCAAUGCUGUGGUGAUUGGCAGUGUCUGGAUCCAACACCUUUGGAAACGGGCAGAGGUUCAGCUUGCAGUGGUCCUACAUGGGUUCGAAGCAUCAGAGAAGGGGAACUGGACUUGGACUAUGAUGGUCAUCAUAUGUUUUCUCGAGUAAAUUCAAAUUAUGUUGGCUGGCUUUCCCAAAACAAUGGCAAAAAAACAAAAUUUUUCUGUGACACUUGGCCAUGUGGACAACAUCUAAUCACCAAGAGUGUUGGCAGUGAACAGUUCGAAGAUAUCACUGGGGCUUACAAGUAUGAACUAGGAUCUGUGAAAAACAAAGAAGCCUAUUACCGGGCUUACAGAAGAAUUCACCCAGGGUACUGCAAUGCUUCCAACUGUCAUAUUGAGAGAGAGUUAUCAUCUCUGAAAAACCCAUUUUUGAGCGACUCUGGUAUUAACAUGAGGUUAAAGAUGGCUAACUGCCCAAUGUACGGUGAAGAUGUCCAACUGCACUGGCUGCUUGAAAAUUUGCGUAAUGAAAAUAAAACCCUGAAGUUUAAUUUGUGUGCACAAAUAAUAACCUACAGUGGUUGCCCAAUGGAUCAAUUUUGGAAAGACAGUGUGAAUGUCACAUUGGGUCCAAGGGAAGUGAAAAAAAUUCCAGUGUGUAUAUCAUAUAGCCAAUAUGGACCUUAUCUCUGUGAUCACAACAUUAUGAAAGUAGUUGCUGUCUCAGACCCAGAGUGUGGAGAAGUUCUGAUGGUGAGCAGGGAUAUUGUGAUCAACAGGCCACCUGUUAUUGUAAAGCUACUGAGCCAGCCUAGGCUGAAGGUACCAUGUACUGCAGAGAUCUCCUUCUGCAAUCCGCUCCAGGAAGAUAUGAAGAACUGCGUAAUGACGUUAGAAGGCUGUGGUUUAUUCAAAGAGCCAAUGACCAUUGAUUUGGGAACGCUAGCAUCCAACCAACAGGCACGGACCAUUGUGGAGUUCACACCUUACAGGCUUGGCAGCCACCGCCUCCUGGCCAACUUUGGGUGCCACAAGUUUGCCUACUGCAAGGGUUGCGCCAAGGCUGAAGUGUGUUGCCCCACAGGCCAGAAUGGCACCCUGCCCGUCAGCCAGAAUGGGUCACUACCAGUGUGUGAGAAUGGCUCCCUCCCCACGAACAGCUCUGGGCCUGUCCCUGUGGCGGAUCCUGCAUUCAACUCCAUGUGUGAAUAUAUAUGUAUCCCAGUGUGUAAUCCAAACUGCGGUGCAGGGGGCCAGCCUGUGUAUGACUUUGUGUACCUCCCUGCGGGCCAUCCCUUAUGUAACUCCAUCUGCAAUCAAGGCUUCAACCCAAGUGCCAAUCCUGGUUUCAGCGUGGAAGGUGAUCCUGGCUUCCGUGUCAUAUGUGAGACUGUGCCUCCUGCUACGUGCACCCCGAUGCCUCCAUCCAUGUACGGUUCCAUGCCUGCUCCAACACCCAACCCUGUCUGCCCCCCUAUGCCUCAUGUGGUGUUCGAGACAGGUCCUGCUCCCGUGCACCAACCUGGAGCCGGAGGGGGACCGAUGUCCUACUCAGUAUCUGUCCCCGCAAAUAAUGCAGUGAGUGCCCUGCUGAACCACUUCAUGGCUGGCCCUAGUCCGACUGUGGCAACCCAGGCAGUCCCUACCCAUAUAUCUGCUCCACCAUCCCACCCUGUGUGCCCUCCGGUAGCCCAUGCCAUCAGCAGUCCCAUGCCACCACCAGCUCCCCUUUCAAUGCCUGCUGCCCCCAUCUCGCAUGUCAUCUGCAGCUCCGCGCCCUCUCCCACCACCCAGCCUCCGUGUGGCCCAGUGGCCACCCUCCCCUCCCAACCCCUGAGUGCCUCAGCAGCCCAAGGCAUGUGCUCCCCAAGCCCAUGCCCAGCGGCAUCCCCGGUGCCCCGCUCUGCCGCCCGUAGUGCCACCCCAGCAGGGCUGCAGAUGGGGAGUGCCCCGGCAGCCCACUCGCUGUGCUCCCCGGCCCCCCGCCCGGUGGGGCCACCAGCAGCCCACUCGCUGUGCUCCCCGGCCCCCCGCCCAGUGGGGCCCCCCGCCGCCCACUCACUGUGCUCCCCCACCUCCAUCUCACUGGGGGCCACCGGGGCCCCCCCUGCCAGCUCGCCUACUGCUCGCCCUGAGGACUCGUCAGCAGCCUGCCUCCCGUGCCCCCCAGCCCCACGCCCGCUGGCAGCUGCCACAGCCCGCUCCCUCUGCACCCCCACCUCUCGCUCAGUCUCCCGGGUCGUGGGCACCCCGGGGUCUCGCUCGGUGUGCGGCCCUCAGUGGGGCCCCUCGUGUGACACCACCACUCGCUCAGGCUCCCACUCCACAUGGGGUCCCACCUCCCGCUCAGAGUGGCGGCCCACGGGGCGGUUGGCCUACUCCCCCUUGUCCCGCACUGCCUAUGGCACAGUCACGCGCCCUCCGUACAGCUCCUUGUCCCGGUCCUCCUACAACACCUUGUCCCGCUCUGCCUACACCACCCUGCCCCGUUCCACCUCUCCCUCUGCCUAUGCCACCCUGCCCCGCUCCGGGUCGCGCCCCUCCAGCAGCACCCUGCCCCAGGCAGGGUCCCGCACGCCCUGGAGCCCUGGGAGGAGCACUCUCACCUACUUCAAACGCAAGUAUCUGUAAUAGAGAAUAACCUGGGAAAAAGCCAAAGCCAGCGAAUUAAAGCCUGUGUGCAGAUGCUUUGAAAGAGGUUAGAAAUAGGGUGAUGGAGAGCAGCGUGCAUAGUCCUGAGUAUCCAUGCAUUUGAGAUGUGCCAGAAAGCAGGCUGCUAGCCAACUGCUGAGGGAUGCAUUGAUGUAAUACUCGUAUGUCUUGAGAUACAAUACGGUGGAAGUAACAAAUGAACGUGCUCCCCAUGGAGCCGUCGUGACAAUAGUUGCACAGUGCAGGUAAUCAGACUUACUUGCUCAGUCAAGCUGUUUUAUAAAUGAUGUGCUUUCACUCUCUCUUCUCUUGAUUUCUUGCAAUGCGUAUUUCUCAGAUCUCCCCAGGCUACGGCAAAUCUCUCUGCCUGCAUGAAAUGUGCUGUUCUUGUUACUCUGCAAAGAGGUGGCAGCAGACCUGCCUUACAUCUUCCCUAACAGACAUUGGGCCCCUGAGUCUUGGUAUUGUUGUGGUUCAGGUCAGUUCUGCAUGCACUCGUAUUUCCUUAGUUAUGAGGCAAUGAAAACUGUGGAGGUCAUGGAGUAACUAAAUUGUUACAAAUCAACUGAAGAGUUUUUAAUAAAAAAAAGCUAUUAUAAUAAAGUUAAUAUUACUACUCUUGAUGUAUUACAGUUCCAGUAUCAGGAAUCCAAAGGUCAGAUUAGAAAGGCUGCAAAACCUGAUGAACGAUUGAUACCAAUUUAUUGGCUUUCACAACUGAAUGUUUUUCAUGUAGCAUAUUCAAAAAUUUUUUCUCAUAUAUAUUGCAUGCAUUUAGGUUCAUGGGAACACUCUGAUUCCAAGGCUGUGCCUUUUUGAAUCAAUAUAGCUAGGAAACUUCUGUCACCAGACCUGAACUAGAGAAGGAUAACAUUACCCUUUCUUUCCAACACCCAGCCCUUCCAGCUGAAAGGUUAAGAGGUUAUUAGAAAAUGUAUUACGUCUUUUUCGGAUAAUUAGUACUGUUUCACCGCUUUCUCCCAGACUUUUAGGAAUUGAAAUCAUACUUUUUCAUAAUGGAACUGUCCCCAAAUUUUGGAUUUGCUCACAAUUUUGGAUUUACUGACAACACCUCCCAUCCCUCCAUUAUUUUGCUCUAGUGCUCCAUUAUUUUUAGUAGCAAGCGUUAGUGGGGUUUUGUGGUAAGAUAAUUUUGCUGGUGCUGCAGAAUCUUCAGUCAUGUAGCAAUAGUAUUUCAGUAGUAUCACUGUAGUUCACACCCCUAUGCUCUGUGAUGAGACUGAGUAACCUGCCAGGGAUUUUGAAAGGGUGUGGUGUCAGAUGGUUACUAUGAACACGCCAACAUUAUCAACUACAUAGUAAUUCUGAGCAUGGUGGAAGAAAUAUUUGCCUGGAUAUUGUAGUAGAAUGGUCAUAAUUCAGUGACUUGAUUUUUUACGCAGUUUCAAUAGUCUCUGUUAGGUAUUUGCUGAGAAUUUCUUUGUCUGACUGAAAAUAAAAACAGAAAUUUA